AUGUUGGGCGAGUCCAAGAAGCUUGGUGAGCAUGGCAGUACAAUCGAGGACGGGGAGCUUGAACCGACCGUCGCAGACGGGCUCUUCUCCCACGAGAGGAUAAGCGUGCUGUCAACAGUCAACAUCCGUGGGACGUGCUUUGUGCCGCUACUUCUGUUCAUAUCGCUGGCAUUUAAUGUCUGGUCGAUAUUCCUGAGGAGCCCACAAAGCCCUCACUGCCACAGUGCAACCAUUUGCAUUGCCCCAGAACUCCAACGCUCUCCGUACACCGGACUCGCUUACGAUGUGACAACCCAAUACUCCCUCUCGACCGACUACACGAGCGACAACCAGACGCUUGCCGAUCACAUGUGGGAUAGCCUCAGUCUGGACUCAAUGAUCAUCGCCCCGACGAUCGAAUGGGCUGAGGAGAUGGGCCUCCCGGACUCCUGGGACUUCCCAUGGGACCCAACCCGGAAGAUCUACUUUGUCAAAGUCUACCAUCAACUGCAUUGCCUGAAAAACAUCCGCCGGGCCUUCAAACAACUCCUCUCCGGUGAAGAGAACCCCAUCAUCUUCGGCCACGUCGAGCAUUGCCUCGAUACCUUGCGACAGGACCUCAUGUGUCGAGCCGACGACACACCCAUGCCGUCACUGCGGCUGGUCAACGGGGCUGGAGAGGGUCAGAUCCGACAAUGUAAAGAUAUUGAGAAGCUGGUGGCGUGGACGAAGCACCCGGACCGCGACGCUUGCUACCGGCGGCUGAGCGACUAUCGGCCUCCGUCGCGCAGUAUCGAUCGCUAUGCAUUUUGUGCGCCGGACAGUGAGCAUUUCGCGACCAUGACGAGGUAUUUUGAGUAUUAUGGGUAUCCGGAGGUGGUUGAGAAUUGAUGAUGGGCGGUUUGAAUGGAUGAGGGGUAAAGGGUUGAGUGAAUACUGAUUGGGACCGGGAUGUGAGGAUGUGUGGUAUGGUGUAACAUAAGUUUCUGCUUGGAAAAUCAUAAGGAG